AUGGUUUUUUUUGAAGAAAAUGAGCCAGAAAUGGCGGAGAAUGAGGGAGAAGAAGAAGAAGGAAAAAACGAAUUACCAAGAGAUUCAUUGACAUUAGUUGAGCUAAAGAAGAUUAUAUCAAAUGUUCAAGAGGAGAAGACGGUGAAAUAUGAUUUCGAAUAUAAGGAAGUAGAUGAUAAGGAAAAAGAGCUUGAAGAAUGGUAUGAUUAUGAUGAAGUUGGUAUUAUACAAGGAAAAAAGAUUUUUGAGGCAUUUUUUUUAAAAAAAUGGAUGAAUAGCAAAAUUAAGGAAAAAAAAAGAUUUAUUUGUGAAGAAUUGAAGGAAUUAGAUUCAGAAGAUGCUAGAAUAAGAACGAAAUCAUGUUUUAUUUUAUUUUAUAUUUCACAAGAAGUAGGAAAUUAUGGAGAAAUAAAAGAUAAGCAAGAUCAAAUAUACUGGAUACAUGAAAACAAUAAGAUUUUAAAAGAAUGUGAUGCUCUUAAAAUAUUAUAUAAUUCUAUACAAAAAAGUGUUAAUUUAUUAAAUACAUAUAAACCGAAGAUUCAUGAGAAGAUCAAUACAUUUGAAUUGGAUAAUAUAACAAUGUUAAAGGUUGAAUUGAGCUGUAAAAUGACAUCAUUUUAUUUUCUUCUUGAAACAUUUUAUUCUGAUUUAGAAUUUCGUAAAAAUGUUGUUGAUCUUUCACCACCUAUAAUAUCAUGGAUAAUUGAAGAAAUUGCAAAUUUAAAAGUUAAUCUUGAUAUAUGGAGAUUAUAUUUUCCUAUUAUUCAGACAAUUCAGAUUCUUAAGAAACUUAUACUUUGUGUAUUUGGAAAUACAGAUGAUUUCUUGAAUUUAAAACGAUAUCUUAGAAUGUUAUCAGGAUUACCACCAGAAAUCAAUAAGAAGGAAAUUAUAGCAACACCUCUUGAUUAUCAUAUAUUCAGACAAAAUAUUAUUUCAAAAUAUCCAACAUAUGAUCCUCCUUCAACAUUAUUAAAUAUUGAUCUAGAAUAUACUACAUUACUUCCUAUACAUAAGGAAGAAACUGCAGUUAAAGAUAUACACAAGGACACUGAUCCUUCUGUUACAGAAAACUAUGUCACACCAUUACCUUCACCACAUUUUUCACCUAAAACAAAGCAAUCAGUACUCAAAAAAAAUCAAAAUUUACCUUUUUUACUUCCACUUUCUGAUUCUUUUGAUCUGGAAAUACCCACAAGUAUUAAAGAAGCUAGCGAAUUGUUUAAAAGCAAGACUCAUCUUGAUUUAUCUACAAUACAAUUAUGGAAGGAAACAGAUAAAUUUAUGAAAUUUGAAAGAGGAUGGAUUAAAGAUAAUUUAAAUUCAAUUGAAGAAUCUCCAUCAUUAGAUAUACAAAAAGAUCCAUUGCAUGAUUCUCGGUUAAAUGCAAUUGAGACUGUAUAUGCAUCAUUGGUUUCACAUUUAGAAUCUUUUAUAUAUGUAUUGAUGAAAUUUUUAAACCUUUUAAUAGAUGAUGAACAAAAUUGUGCAAAAAAAUAUACAGAAGAAAGUAAAAAAGAAGAUAAUAACUUCGACUUUUUUCCUCCAGAAAAGAUUCUAAAUAUAAGAAAGAGAGAAAUAGCAUCAAAAUCAAUAUCCUCAACGUUGUUACUUCUUUUAAAGUCAUUUAAAUUAAGUCAUGUUUUAAAAUUUGAAUUUCUUUCUCAAUUGAUAUUAGAUUCUGGUUACAUUGAUAUAUUUAAUAAACUAUGUUCUAUAUAUGAUCUGGUAGAUUCAAUUUCACACAUUUCAGAAAUUCCUUAUUUAAGCUAUUUUAAUACAUGUAAUAUGCAAUCAAUGAAUUCAAACAAAUGUUCAGAAAUAAUAUAUGAUUUUUCAAAGGAUAAUAAAGUAAAUAAUUCAGAAAAUAAAGAGACUGAUAAUAAUAUAAUUACUCAAUUUUCUUGGAGAAACUUGUUUUCUUUAGUUAAUCAUCUUAGAAUCAUUCAGAAGAUUACAAAAAAGAAAACAUACAGGAAUUUGAUGCUGAUUCAAAAAAAAACAUGGAUUCAUCUUCAAAAAAUAACUAAAAUAAGAAAUGAUAUUGUACAACUUUAUACAUUAAAAAUAUUAAAAGGACAGAUUCCAUAUUAUAAUAAAAAAUGGAAACAAAAUAACAUGAAAAUAAUAACAUCUAUAUAUCUUCAUUGUAGACCAGAACUUCAAGACGAUUGGGUUUCAAGCGUUGAAGUAGACACAAAUACAGAAGAAUCUUUGGUUUGUCUUUGA